CCUGUCUCUCCCUCUUCUCCACUCACUUGUGUCCUUCAGUCAAACAUUUUUCUCACUUAUUUAUUCUUUCAUUUAUUUAUUUGUAAAAACUCACACAAGUUUAGGAAGAAGAAGAAGAUGUCGUGGCAAGCGUAUGUUGAUGAUCACCUGUUGUGUGAUAUCGAAGGCAACCAUCUCUCUGCCGCUGCUAUCAUCGGCCAAGACGGCAGUGUUUGGGCUCAGAGCUCCAAUUUCCCUCAGUUUAAGCAAGAAGAAAUCAAUGGCAUCAUGAAUGACUUUGCUGAACCCGGAUCACUUGCCCCAACCGGAUUGUACCUUGGUGGCACUAAAUACAUGGUGAUCCAAGGUGAACCAGGAGCUGUUAUUCGAGGGAAGAAGGGACCUGGAGGUGUUACUGUUAAAAAGACCAAUCAGGCCUUGAUCAUCGGCAUCUAUGAUGAGCCAAUGACUCCCGGGCAGUGCAACAUGGUUGUGGAAAGGCUGGGUGAUUAUCUCAUUGAUCAGGGUCUUUGAUCUCAUUGGUGUGCCUUAUUUGUUGCAAUUCUUGUUGGCUUCUAUACGAAAGUGCAUCCACCACCUCCUGUAGUAAUGGUUGGGGGUGCAAUUAAAUAAUAGGAUGUUAAGUUAUGGGAACCUUUUUAAUGAUACAGAAUGGUUGGUGUUUGUAAUAGUGAUGCUUAUGAUCUCUUUGCUUUGUUUCUGUACCAGUUUGGUUGAUGGUAAUAUCGAAGAUUGUCGACUGAAAUACUUUGUUUUA